GGUUUUCGUUGUGGAACUUUGUUAUCUUUUUUUCUUUUGACAAUAUCAAACGACGGAUACAUGUCUGUACAUACAUGUCGUUAUACCGCAACGAAGCAGCGAACCGAUAACGUGAAGUCGACUAAUGUGUCGAGAAUCUUUCCACAUCUCUAACACGAGUUACACUAGGCCGCAUUAUCUUGACUUUAUUAAGGAUUUCGUAAAACAGCAAAAAUGGAGUUGGCGGGACAGGCUCAGGUGCAAAAUUCAUCCAACACUAAUGAUGGCUCUGAAAACAAGGGAAGUUGCUUGUUACUACGAUAUGCUAGUCAGAAUUCUUUGGACGAGAGUUCCCAGAAACAUAUACCACGGGAAAGUGGAAAAGAUAAACCACCUUACAGGAAUCAUCACCACACAAAUAGGGCUUUUGACGUUAUCAAUGAAAUGAGAAAGAAAAAUUUAUUAUGCGAUGUAAUAUUGGUGGCUGAUGGAGGAAUGGAAGUACCUGCACAUAAAAUGGUUCUUGCUGCCUGUAGUCCUUAUUUUUAUGCUAUGUUUACAAGUUUUGAGGAACGAGAUCAAGAAAGAAUAACAUUGCAAGGCGUAGACUACUCUGCGCUAGAAUUAUUGGUAGAUUAUGUAUACUCUGCAGAGGUACACGUAACUGAAGAUAAUGUACAAGUGCUGUUGCCAGCUGCAAAUCUUUUACAAUUAACUGAUGUCCGUGAUGCAUGUUGUGACUUUUUACAAGCUCAGUUACAUCCAUCAAAUUGUUUAGGAAUUCGUGCAUUUGCUGAUCUUCAUGGGUGUUUAGAAUUAUUAUCACAUGCAGACACUUACAUCGAACAACACUUUUCGGAAGUAGUAGAUGGUGAUGAAUUUUUAACAUUAACACCACAGCAAGUUGCUAAAUUAAUCUGUAGUGACCGUUUAAUGGUACCUUCAGAAGAAAAAGUAUUUGAAUGUGUGAUAUCUUGGGUACACCAUGAUUUAGAAAAAAGACAAACACAUUUAGCUCAAUUAAUGGAACAUGUACGGUUACCCUUGCUGUCACAGGAGUACUUAGUUCAACGUGUGGAGGAAGAACCACUUCUGAAAGCAAAUUUACAAUGCAAGGAUUUCUUGAUUGAAGCUCUGAAAUAUCAUUUACUUAAAGGAGAGCAAAAAUCGUUAUUUAAAACACCUCGUACAAAACCUAGACAGCCCAGGGGGUUACCUAAAGUGUUGUUAGUGGUUGGUGGACAAGCUCCCAAAGCAAUUAGGAGUGUUGAAUGUUAUGAUUUUAAGGAAGAAAAAUGGUAUCAAGUAUCGGAGUUACCUACACGUCGUUGUAGAGCAGGUUUAUCCGUUCUUGGUGGCCGUGUGUAUGCUGUUGGUGGAUUUAAUGGAUCUCUGAGAGUACGAACAGUUGAUAUUUAUGAUGCUGCUACAGAUCAAUGGUCACCUUGUCCAGAAAUGGAGGCUAGAAGAUCAACGCUUGGUGUGGCGGUUCUUGGAAAUUACAUUUAUGCUGUUGGUGGAUUUGAUGGUUCGACUGGUUUAAAUUCCGCCGAAGUGUAUGAUCCAAGAACUCAUGAAUGGAGGCUGAUUGCACCAAUGUCAACACGUAGAAGUAGUGUUGGUGUGGGUGUUGUUAAAGGAUUACUGUAUGCUGUUGGUGGUUAUGACGGAGCGUCUCGGCAAUGUCUUUCCAGUGUUGAAUGCUACAAUCCAGAAAAAGACCAAUGGAAACCGACACCUGAUAUGUCUGCUCGCCGUAGUGGGGCUGGUGUUGGUGUUCUAGAUGGAAUUCUGUAUGCUGUAGGAGGUCAUGAUGGUCCUUUGGUCAGGAAAAGUGUGGAAGCUUUCAACCCAGACACUAAUCAGUGGACUCCAGUCAGUGAUAUGGCCUUUUGCCGUAGAAAUGCUGGUGUUGUCGCAAUAAAUGGACUCCUGUACGUGGUGGGAGGCGAUGAUGGCGUAUCGAGCCUGGCAUCUGUAGAAGUGUAUUCACCGAGAACUGACAGCUGGACUACACUUCCAACAUGUAUGGGAAUUGGUCGCAGCUAUGCAGGGGUUGCAAUAAUUGACAAACCAAUGCCGUCUACGACAUCGAUGUGAGGAUUGCAAUCCGCUG